AUGUCUGCCGAAACCUUUGAGUUCCAGGCUGAGAUCUCUCAGCUCUUGUCGCUGAUCAUCAACACUGUCUACUCCAACAAGGAGAUCUUCCUCCGUGAAUUGAUCUCCAACGCCUCCGAUGCUUUGGACAAGAUCCGCUAUGAGUCCCUGUCGGAUCCCUCCAAGCUCGACUCGGGCAAGGAUCUCCGCAUCGACAUCAUCCCCAACAAGGAGGCCAAGACCUUGACCAUCCGUGAUACCGGUAUUGGUAUGACCAAGGCUGACUUGAUCAACAACCUUGGUACCAUCGCUCGCUCCGGUACCAAGCAGUUCAUGGAAGCCCUCUCCGCCGGUGCUGAUAUCUCCAUGAUUGGUCAGUUCGGUGUCGGUUUCUACUCUGCUUACCUGGUUGCCGACCGCGUCACUGUCAUCUCUAAGAACAACGAUGAUGAGCAGUACAUCUGGGAGUCCGCUGCCGGCGGUACCUUCACUCUCACUCAGGAUACCGAGGGUGAGCAGCUUGGCCGUGGUACCAAGAUCAUCCUUCACCUGAAGGAUGAGCAGACCGACUACCUCAACGAGAGCCGCAUCAAGGAGGUUGUCCGCAAGCACUCCGAGUUCAUCUCCUACCCUAUCUACCUCCACGUCUUGAAGGAGACCGAGAAGGAGGUCCCCGAUGAGGAGGCUGAAUCCAAGGAGGAGGAGGGUGACGAGAAGAAGCCCAAGAUCGAGGAGGUCGAUGACGAGGAGGAAGAGAAGAAGGAGAAGAAGACCAAGACCGUCAAGGAGAGCAAGAUCGAGGAGGAGGAGCUCAACAAGACCAAGCCCAUCUGGACUCGCAACCCCGCCGACAUCACUCAGGAGGAGUAUGCUGCUUUCUACAAGUCCCUCUCCAACGACUGGGAGGACCACCUUGCUGUCAAGCACUUCUCCGUCGAGGGUCAGCUUGAGUUCCGUGCCAUCCUCUACGUUCCCAAGCGUGCUCCCUUCGACCUGUUCGAGACCAAGAAGACCAAGAACAACAUCAAGCUCUAUGUUCGCCGUGUCUUCAUCACCGAUGAUGCUACUGACCUCAUCCCCGAGUGGCUCAGCUUCGUCAAGGGUGUUGUCGACUCUGAGGACCUUCCUCUCAACCUGUCCCGUGAAACUCUCCAGCAGAAUAAGAUCAUGAAGGUCAUCAAGAAGAACAUUGUCAAGAAGACCCUCGAGCUCUUCACUGAGAUCGCUGAGGACCGUGAGCAGUUUGACAAGUUCUACUCUGCUUUCAACAAGAACAUCAAGCUCGGAAUCCACGAGGAUGCUCAGAACCGUCAGACUCUCGCUAAGCUCCUCCGUUACCAGUCCACUAAGUCUGGUGAUGAGUCCACCUCCCUUGCCGACUACGUUACUCGCAUGCCCGAGCACCAGAAGCAGAUCUACUACAUCACCGGCGAGUCCAUCAAGGCCGUUGCCAAGUCUCCCUUCUUGGACAGCCUCAAGCAGAAGAACUUCGAGGUUCUCUUCCUGGUUGACCCCAUUGAUGAGUAUGCCUUCACGCAGCUGAAGGAGUUCGACGGCAAGAAGCUCGUCGACAUCACCAAGGACUUCGAGCUUGAGGAGACCGAGGAGGAGAAGGCCGAGCGUGAGAAGGAGGAGAAGGAGUACGAGGAUCUUGCCAAGAGCCUCAAGAACAUCCUCGGCGACAAGGUCGAGAAGGUUGUCGUCUCCCACAAGCUCGUUGGUGCUCCCUGCGCUAUCCGUACCGGUCAGUUCGGUUGGUCCGCCAACAUGGAGCGUAUCAUGAAGGCCCAGGCUCUCCGUGACACCUCCAUGAGCUCUUACAUGUCCUCUAAGAAGACCUUUGAGAUCUCUCCCAAGUCCUCCAUCGUCAAGGAGCUCAAGAAGAAGGUCGAAGCCGAUGGUGAGAGCGACCGCACCGUCAAGUCCAUCACUCAACUACUCUUCGAGACCUCCCUUCUUGUUUCCGGUUUCACCAUUGAGGAGCCCGCCAGCUUCGCUGAGCGCAUUCACAAGCUCGUCUCCCUCGGUCUGAACAUCGAUGAGGACGCCGAGGUUACCGAGGAGAAGGCUACCGAGGAGGCUGCCCCUGCCGCUGCCGCCGCCGAGUCCUCCAUGGAGGAGGUCGACUAA